UUGGGCAGAGCAGGGCUGCAGAAAGCAGCCGAAACGGCGAGCCCGGCUCCCAGGAGCAGGUGGGACCUCCUUUGGCGGGAGGGGAGUGGUGGCGGCGCUCAGCUCAGCAGGCGGAAACCUUCCCAUCGCCUGAGUCUCUGCCCCCGCUCGGGGCCCAGGCAGUGCGGCCGGAGGGAGCGGCCGGAUGGAGCGGAGGAUGAAAGGCGGAUACUUGGACCAGCAAGUGCCCUACACCUUCUGCAGCAAAUCGCCCGGAAAUGGGAGCUUGCGCGAAGCGCUGAUGGUCCCGCAGGGGAAGCUCAUGGACCCCGGCUCCCUGCCGCCCCCCGACUCCGAAGAUCUCUUCCAGGAUCUCAGUCACUUCCAAGAGACGUGGCUCGCUGAAGCCCAGGUACCCGACAGUGAUGAGCAGUUUGUUCCUGAUUUCCAUUCAGAAAACUUAGCUUUCCACAGCCCCACCACCAGGAUCAAGAAGGAGCCCCAGAGUCCCCGCACAGAGCCAGCCCUGUCCUGCGGCAGGAAGCUGCCACUCCCCUACCACCAUGGCGAGCAGUGCCUUUAUUCCAGUGCCUAUGACCCCCCUAGACAAAUCGCCAUCAAGUCCCCUGCCCCCGGUGCGCCCGGACAGUCACCCCUGCAGCCCUUCCCCCGGGGAGAACCACGGAAUUUCCUGAGAUCCUCCGGCGCCUCCCAGCCCCACCCUGGCCACGGGUACCUCGGGGAGCAGAGCUCUGUCUUCCAGCAGCCCUUGGAUAUUUGCCACUCCUUCACCUCCUCCCAGGGAGGGGGCCGGGAACCCCUCCCAGCCCCCUACCCACACCAGCUGUCGGAGCCCUGCCCACCCUAUCCCACCCAGAGCUUCAAGCAGGAAUACCUCGACCCCCUGUAUGAACAGGCGGGCCAGCCCUCUGUGGGCCAGGGUGGAGUCAAUGGGCACAGGUACCCAGGGGCGGGGGUGGUGAUCAAACAGGAGCAGACGGACUUCGCCUAUGACUCAGAUGUCCCGGGGUGUGCGUCCAUGUACCUUCACACUGAGGGUUUUUCUGGGCACUCUCCAGGUGAUGGGACCAUGGGUUAUGGCUAUGAGAAACCUCUGCGACCAUUCCCAGAUGAUGUCUGCGUUGUCCCUGAGAAAUUUGAAGGAGACAUCAAGCAGGAAGGGGUAGGCGUGUUCCGAGAGGGACCGCCCUACCAGCGCCGGGGGGCCUUGCAGCUGUGGCAGUUCCUGGUGGCCCUGCUGGACGACCCGACGAACGCCCACUUCAUUGCCUGGACCGGCCGGGGGAUGGAAUUCAAACUCAUAGAGCCUGAGGAGGUUGCCAGGCUCUGGGGCAUCCAGAAGAACCGGCCGGCCAUGAAUUACGACAAAUUGAGCCGCUCGCUCCGCUACUACUACGAGAAAGGCAUCAUGCAGAAGGUGGCUGGUGAGCGCUACGUGUACAAGUUUGUGUGCGAGCCUGAGGCCCUCUUCUCUCUGGCCUUCCCGGACAAUCAGCGUCCAGCCCUCAAGGCCGAGUUUGACCGGCCGGUCAGUGAGGAGGACACAGUCCCUUUGUCCCACUUGGACGAGAGCCCUGCCUACCUCCCAGAGCUAGCUGGCCCUACCCAGCCCUUUGGCCCCAAGGGUGGCUACUCUUACUAGCCCUGCUGCUGGUGGGUGCUGCCCUGUGUACAUAUAGAUGAAUAUGGUGUUGGGGAAACCCUCACUCUGAAACCCACAGAUGUCUUUGGAGCAGAUCCCCACUGGCCCUUCAGUAGCCCCUGCCCAGGCUCUGAGCUGCUCACCAGAGUUGAUGGGAAGGAAAAAUGGAGAACACUGCACGUGUCAAGGUGGGCUCUAGAAGCUCCUCCGGGGGUGUCACCUUCAGCCUCUUUCCAGGUCCUACUUAGAGGCCCAAGCCACACCCCUCUCCCCCCACAC